UCAGCCACCCAACACAGCCACUAGCACCACCACUCGCACCCACGACCACUUCCUCCGCCUCCCGCUCUCUCUCUCUAAACCACAUUCAUCCACACAUUCUCUUUCUCCCCCCUCUAUCUCUCUCUCCACAACUGGAAAGCAAGACGAAAUCAACUGUAAAUAAAAUCUAACUACAUAGAUCUCAAUCUGUACAAGUGCACAGUAUAAGCCUUCCGAAAUUGAAUUGUUGUUAUCUCUCCACCAGCUGCAUUGCCACUGAUUACAUCAACUUCAUAAUAUUGUUUGCUGACUUUAUACUACUAGUCAGCCAUGGAUCGCCGGAGUUGGCCCUGGAAGAAAAAAUCAUCUGAUAAAGCCACUGCUGAGAAAGCUGUGACUGUGUCAGAUUCUACUGGUGUCCCUUCAGCUUCAGCUGGAUCCCAGGUUGAUCAGGGUAAGUUGGAUAGCUACAAAAAGCCAAAGUAUGUUCAAAUUUCUGUGGAGUCGUAUUCACAUCUCACAGGGUUGGAGGAACAAGUGAAAUUAUAUGAGGAUCAAGUUAAAACUUUAGAGGAUGAAGUUAAGGAAUUGAAUGAAAAUCUGUCAGCAGCUCAUUUGGAGAUGACUACAAAGGAAAACCUGGUGAAACAACAUGCUAAAGUUGCUGAAGAAGCCGUCUCAGGUUGGGAAAAGGCUGAGGCAGAAGCUGCAGCAUUGAAAAAUCAUUUAGAAUCUGUUACACUGUUGAAGCUCACGGCUGAAGAUAGGGCCUCUCACUUGGAUGGUGCUCUCAAGGAGUGCAUGCGGCAGGUACGAAAUUUGAAAGAAGAACAUGAACAAAAACUGCAUGAGGUGGUUCUCACCAAAACAAAGCAGUGGGACAAAAUUAAGCAUGAGUUUGAAGAGAAGAUAGCAAAUUUAGACCAAGAACUGUUCAGGUCUUCUGCUGAAAAUGCAGCCCUUUCGAGGUCAUUGCAAGAGCGUUCUACCACGGUGAUCAAAAUGAGUGAAGAAAAAUCACAAGCCGAGGCAGAGAUUGAAGUUCUAAAGAGCAAUAUUGACGCGUUUGACAGGGAAAUAAAUUCACUUAAAUAUGAACUCCAUAUAGCUACCAAAGAGCUUGAAAUUCGUAACGAGGAGAAGAAUAUGAGUGUACGGUCAGCAGAAGCGGCAAACAGGCAGCAUCUAGAAGGAGUUAAGAAAAUAGCUAAGCUGGAAGCUGAAUGCCAAAGGUUGCGCGGUCUUGUUAGAAAGAAGUUGCCUGGUCCUGCAGCACUGGCACAAAUGAAACUAGAAGUUGAGAACUUAGGCCGGGAUUAUGGAGAAACUCGACUAAGAAGGUCGCCGGUAAAGGUUCCUAGUCCACAUGUGCCCUCAUUGCCUGAAUUUUCUCUGGACAGCAUACAAAAGUAUCAUAAAGAGAAUGAGUUACUCACAGAACGGUUAUUGGCAAUGGAAGAAGAAACAAAGAUGCUGAAAGAAGCUUUGGCUAAGCGCAACAGUGAAUUGCUAGCCAGCAGGAACAUUUGUGCUAAGACAGUUAGUAAGCUUCAAAGUUUGGAAGCAAAUUUUGAAGCUACUGGCGAACCGAAAAGAACUCCAAAAUCUAUUGUCCAUAUCCCUACUGAAGCUUCCUUCAGUCAAAAUGCAAGCCAUCCACCAAGCUUAACCUCCAUGUCUGAAAACGGAAAUGAUGAUGAAGUAAGUGGUGCCGGGUCUUGGGCUACAACAUUGAAUUCUGAGCUCUCUCAUUUCAAGAAGGAAAAGAACAUUGAUAGUCCAAACAAGGCUGAUAAUUCAAAUCAGCUGGAGUUGAUGGAUGAUUUUCUGGAAAUGGAGAAACUGGCAUAUUUAUCAAAUGAUUCAAAUGGAGCUACCUCCGGUUCAGUCAUUGCAAAUAAUAUGGGAACUGAAAAGUUGGAACCAUUGCAAGAUCAGGCGUCUUCUAAAGUGGAGGUAUCAACCGUAAAUGCUCAAUCUGAUGCAGAGCCACUGCCUUUCAUGAAGCUUCAAUCAAGAAUUUGCAUGGCACUUGAGUCUAUGCCCAAGGACGCUGAUAUGGGAAAAGUUUUGGAGGUAAUCAGGCAUGUUGUACAGGACAUGCAUGAUAGUCUGCAUCAGCAGUCAGUUGGGGCAAUUCGUUGUUCUGAUGCUCCAUGUGAUCACGAGGCCCGUUGUGAGGAUGCUGAGCCAAACAAUGAAAAGGAAAUCUCUUUGUCGAGACAUGGUAAACAGGGUAGAGAAACUGUCCAUACAAUAGGCCAAGAAUUGGCAGCUGCUAUCUCUCAGAUUAAUGAUUUUAUAUUGUUCCUGGGCAAAGAGGCUCAGGCAGUUCAGGGAACACCUCCUGAUGGAGAUGGACUGAGCCAAAAACUGGAGGAGUUCUCAGGCACAUUUAAUGAGGUUAUAAGCAGCAGGGUAAGUUUGGUCGAUUUUGUCCUUGAGCUUUCCAAUGUGUUGGCUAAAGCCAGUAAACUCCGCUUUAAUGUUCUGGACUACCAACAUACUGAAGCAGAAACCAGUAGUUCUGAUUGCAUAGACAAGGUUGCUUUACCUGAGAAUGAUGCUGUCCAGGAUUCAUUGGGUGAUAGAUAUUUAAAUGGUUGUGCCCACUUUUCUGACUCCAUUUCUGAUCCAGAUAUUCCCCAUGAAGGAAGUUUUGUACCAACCUCAGAAUCAGCUGCCACGACAUGGAAGUGCUCACUGGAGGAGUUUGAACAGCUGAAAUUAGAAAAAGAUAACAUGGUAAUGGAUCUAGCUACAUGUAGGGAAAAUCUGGAAAGCACCAAGUCCCAGAUGCAGGAAACAGAACAGCUUCUAGCAGAGGUUAAAUCACAAUUGACUUCUGCUCAAAAGUUGAAUAGUUUGGCUGAGACACAGCUGAAAUGUAUGGCAGAGUCAUACAAAUCACUUGAAACACGUGCUGAGGAAUUACAAACUGAAGUGAAUCUUCUGCGGGCCAAAGCAGAGAAUUUGGACAAUGAACUUCAAGAAGAGAGGAGGAGCCAUCAGGAUGCUUUGGUCAGGUGCAAAGAUCUUGAAGAGAAAUUGCAAAGGAUUGAGAAUUUCCCAGCAGUCAAUGUUGACGCCCAGGCUAACCAGGAGAGAGACUUAGCAGCUGCAGCAGAAAAGCUAGCCGAGUGUCAAGAAACUAUAUUUCUUCUUGGCAAGCAAUUGAAAGGUUUGCGCCCUCACAAAGAGUUUAUGGGGUCUCCGUACAGCGAGAGAAGUCAGACGGGUGCAGGCUUCACUGAAGAACCAACUACCAGUGGCAUGAACUUGCAAGAUAUUGAUCCCUCCGAGAUAGAUACUGCUACUUCUCCCAAUCUUCAAAGAUUAGGUGGUGAGUCCCCCAUGGAUCUAUACAAUGCCCCCUAUAGCCCAUCUGAUUCUGAAACAAACACGUCAUUGAGAUCACCAAUCAGUUCAAAGUAUCCAAAACACCACCCUAGUAAAUCAGGCUCUUCUUCUUCGUCUCCUAACCCAACACCAGAGAAACAUUCUCGUGGGUUUAGCAGAUUCUUUUCCUCAAAAGGAAAGGAUGGAAAUUAGAGCCUGCGUCUCCCAGGCUUAACAGCAUUUUAUUGGUUGAAGAGAGACCAUUUCAUAAUAUUAUCUAGAAGCUGCAAAUAUGGACACUGAAGUUCCUGUAGAUAACAAUCUGGAUCUGCUUCAACUUGUCCAGCUCUGAGUUUUCAAAGAUGUUUCUCAAUCGGGUCGCUUGUUUUGGCUUGGAUGAUUUUUGCUGAAGACAGAGAUGGCAAUCAGCCAUUGAAUUGGGAACUUGUUUCCUACUUGCAUGCAACGCCAUACACAAAAGCCGUUUUUCUGAAUCUUUCAGGCCCAUAUGUUUUUUAUCUGUUAUUGUGAAGACUUUAAAUCAAUCGUGAACCGUAUCACAUGGUCCUGGGAAAUUCAAGUUGCAAAGCCAUUACUGCAUGGUUCUCUUGUUUGAGGGGAUGCUUUGUGAAGUAUUGUGGGGUAAUUUUUGUAUUACCUGACUGUAUAUGAUCUCCAUUUCUGUUUAUUUGGUUUCUUUCUAUUAUUCCAAUCAUUUGGGGUCGUUUAUAUGAAUCAUCCUUAUUUCAACUU